ACAAAACAUGUACGAUUAAAGAUUAAAAUAAAUACGGUGUUGAAAUUUGUAAUUUUAUUUGUAUUGUUCACAUGUACAUUUCCAGUUCACACUUGUGGUUGCAGUAUUUAGGAAACCAUGCCUUCCAAGGCGAAUAUUAUUCAGAAAAAUCAUGACAACGGUGGCAGUCCUAAAUCAAACAAGAACGUAAAAACCACACCAAGCAAGGCAAAGUUAAGGUCAUCUAAUGGGAAACAGCUGUCCAUUACCAGUAUGCUGGCCGUGAAGAGAGGCCGGAGUCCAUCAGGAGAUGCUAAACUUACUCCUAAAAAGCUGAAAACAGACUUGGAUGAAUCACUUGAUGGUAAUGAAAAUGAUGUGGAGUGUGUAGCUGAUAUCAAAGAUGUUAAAACUGAUGCUGAAUCCAACCCAAUCAAAGAUGAAGACAUCAGUUUAGACGAUGAAAAUCAUAGUCAAAAUAAUGGUCAAGAGCCAAAUGAUCUAACUUCAUCUGAUGAUAAAAUUGACAUGAAUAUUACACCUAAAGACAACAUCAAUAUUACACUUAAAGAUACUCCUGAUGCUCAAGAAAGUUUACCCAAUGGCAAAAAUGGUGUUAUUAAAACUGAUAAUGAUGAAAAUCAAAAUGAUGACAAGACAGAUGGUCAAGAUGAAAAGAGCGGUCUCCAAUCUAAUCAGAAAAGCAGUCUUCCUGAACCUGAUAUGGAGAGAUGUAACACCUGCAGACAGUUUAUAAAUAAUUCUGACAUUAUAUAUUUCCAAGGACACCCACAGGAUGCUGUGGAAGAAUUUAUAGCUUUGACUAAUGAGAAACUUGUUUUGGCUGCUGGUGACGAAGGUGACAUCAUGGAGCGGCCCCAAACAAACAUAACCGGCUUCUCAAUCUUCGACCGAGAGGGCCAUCUCGUGCCUAUAGAUGGAGGCCUAGUUGAGAGCGACGCGCGCAUAUACAUGUCCGGCUAUUUGAAGUCUAUAUGCUCUGAGUCACCGGAGAUAGACGAAGAAUCGGUACCAGUUAAGGAUGUUGGCCCUAUUAUUGAAUGGUUUAUUCAUGGUUUUGAUGGCGGUAGCAAGAACUGCAUCACUCUAUCUACCGAAUUUGGAGAGUACAACCUCAUGAACCCUAGUCCCGAGUACACGCCCUUAAUGAACAACCUAUACGAGAAAAUAUGGAUCAGUAAAGUCGUCGUAGAAUACUUGGAAGAGUUCCAUUACCUCCAGCCGAAUUACGAAGAUCUUCUGGAGGUUAUAAGAGAAGCGACUAUUCCGGAGUUAGGCGAUAAACAAAUGACUGAAGAGAUGUUGCAUAAACAUGCUCAAUUUGUGUGUGAUCAAGUUGUUAGUUUAGAGGCUGAUGAAGAUGAAGCCCCACUGAUCACACUUCCUUGCAUGCGCGAGCUUAUCAAGCUCAUGGGUAUUAAAUUCGGCAAACGGAAAAUACGCGCCAAAAUCGAUUAUAAAAAGAUAGACAAAGCAUGGACAAAAGCGACGACCACGCCAUUGGUCAGAAAAACUUUCGAAAGCUUCUUUACCGAUCAACUCGAUAAAACUAACCAUGAGUUAGUGUUAAGAAGGAAAAAAUGCGGAGUGUGUGAAGCGUGCCAACUGCCGGAUUGUGGGGAGUGUAACGCGUGUCGCGCUAUGGUCAAAUUCGGCGGGCAGGGACGCUCGAAACAGGCUUGUGUGCGUCGAAGGUGCCCUAACAUGGCCGUACAACAGGCCGAUGACUCGGACAAUGAGGAUGAUGAGCCUGACAGACUUGACGACCGGGUCGAAGACGUCGUGCCUGUCAAACUCACCGGCUCGGGCACCAGAAAAAUCAAAUGGAUCAGCAAACCUGUCAAAGCUGAUGCCACCAAAGUUUAUUACGAUAAAGUUGAGAUUGACGGAUCAGAAUUGUCUAACGGCGAUUAUGUUAUGGUAGAAACUGCUCAGGCGAAAAUCCCAGCUUUGGUUGCUAGAAUUGUCUAUAUGUGGAUGGAGAUUAGUAAUCCUAAAUCAGGCUUCUUCCAUGCAGAAGUAUUUAUAAGAGCGACAGACACUGUUUUAGGGGAAGUAGGUAAUCCAAGAGAAGUUUUUCUAGGAGACAGAUGUUGCCAUGGAGCUCCAUUAUCAUCUAUUUUAAGGAAAGCCAAUGUCGAAAAGCGAGAGAUACCUAAAGACUGGUUCGGGUUGGGAGGGAAAGAGGUGCAAGACGACGGAUUUGAAGAUGAUGGCAAAACUUACUUCUACAGGAAGUACUACGAGCGAUUUACGGCGCGCUUCGAGGAUUUACCGGCAGAUCCAGCGUGCCCUAACGCGUUACGCGAACAUCGCUUCUGUCCCUCCUGCGAGCGUAAGACUAAGCGAGACGGCAAGAACAUUCCGAAACUCUUUGAGAAGUUAGCAGUGAAGUCUGAAUUCGUGAAAGAGUCGAAUAGAUCGGAAUGGAGCUACGUCUCGUGGCAGGACCACAUAUACAAGAAGGGCAGCGGUGUAUUCCUCAAACCGGACACUUUUAAACUAAAGACUAAAGAGCUAAAUCCCGAUAGGGUGAAGUUAGAAAAAGUGGACGAGUCUAUCUACACAGAAUACUAUCGUAAGAGCGAUAACAACUUACGGGGUUCAAACGUCGAUACGGGGGAACCGUUCUGCGUAGGGCACAUAGCGGCGGUGGUCGCCCGUGGGGAUCAACGGCUGGUCGCGCCUCAGGACAUCCUGCUCAAAGUUCGUCUGCUCCUGCGACCGGAAAAUAUUCUCCCCGAAGCCCGACACGGCGAUUUAAAUCUCGUAUACUGGACCGACGACAUCCGGGAAGUUCCUUUUAGCGCGGUCGCGGGCCCGUGUCAGCUGAUUUACGAAGACAACAUACCGGGAGACCAUCAAGAGUGGCUAUCGAAAGACCCGAACAGAUUCUACUUUAGGCAAGCGUAUGAUAAGGGUUCCGGAAAGUUCUCGGACGUGCCGGAGUACGCGGCGAGUAUCGGGCGCUCGGAGCGGAGGGACAAAGGCAAGGGGAGGGGGAAAGGGAAGGGGGGCGAGCGGAGGCGGGUGGGGGGCGGAGGAGGGGCGCGGGCGCGGGCGCUGCGCACGCUGGACGUGUUCGCGGGCUGCGGCGGCCUGUCGGCGGGGCUGCACGCCGCGGGCGUGGCUUCGUGUCGCUGGGCUGUCGAACACGUUGAGGCGGCAGCGCACGCCUACGCUCUCAAUAACCCAGGGUGUUCCGUGUUCCGCGAGGACUGCAACGCGCUGCUGGCGGCUGCUCUGGCCGGCGCCACGCACACCGCCGCGGGACUACGGUUGCCCACUGCAGGCCGCCUGGCUAAUUUGUAAGUGGAGUUGAUGUGCGGCGGGCCGCCGUGCCAGGGCUUCUCCGGCAUGAACCGCUUCAACUCGCGCGAGUACUCCAACUUCAAGAACUCCCUCGUCGCCACCUACCUCUCCUUCUGCGACUACUACCGCCCCAAAUACUUCAUCUUAGAAAACGUCCGCAAUUUCGUCGCAUUCAAAAAAGGAAUGGUCUUAAAACUGACCCUGAGGACUUUACUAGACAUGGGCUAUCAGUGUACAUUUGGUGUUUUACAAGCGGGGAACUACGGGGUGCCACAAACUCGGAGGCGACUUAUUAUCAUGGCGGCCGCGCCGGGAUUCAAGCUUCCUUUAUACCCGGAGCCGACUCACGUGUUCAGCAGGCGCGCUUGCUCGCUAACUAUUAAUAUAGACGGCAAGCGCUUCGUCUCAAACAUCCAAUGGGACGAUUCCGCCCCGAGACGGACUUGCACUAUCCGUGACGCUAUGAGCGACUUACCAGAUAUAAGCAACGGGGCCAGUAAAAUCGAGAUAGAGUACGGAUCCAUGCCUGAGAGCCACUUUCAGAGGAUGAUAAGGAGUAAGGAUGAGAACGCGAAGCUUCGAGACCAUAUUUGUAAGAACAUGGCGCCGCUGAUCGUGGCUCGGAUCAGCAGGAUUCCGACGACGCCUGGUUCCGACUGGAGGGACCUGCCGAAUAUAUCGGUUACGCUUUCUGAUGGGACGAAAUGCAAGGUGUUGCAAUAUCGUCACAUAGACAAAAGUUCCAAGAAUGGCGAACGGCGCGGCGUGUGUGCCUGCGCCAGCGGCGGCCCGUGCGACCCGGCCGACCGGCAGGAGAGCACACUCAUCCCGUGGUGUCUGCCGCACACUGCCAACAGGCACAACAACUGGGCUGGACUCUAUGGUCGUCUAUCCUGGGACGGUUACUUCAGCACAACAGUGACGGACCCCGAGCCAAUGGGCAAGCAAGGUCGCGUGCUGCACCCGCAACAACCGCGAGUCGUCUCCGUGCGAGAGUGCGCGCGCUCGCAGGGCUUCCCGGACACUUAUGUGUUCGCGGGCUCCGUGCUCGACAAGCACCGCCAGGUUGGCAAUGCAGUACCCCCUCCUUUAGGAGAAGCGUUAGGAAGAGAAAUCAAGAAAGCAUUCCAGCUCAGUACAACGAAAUCGUGACGUGCCUUAUUGUUAUAUUAGAUUAUGAGAUGGCGAUAGUGAAAUUAAGUUUAAAUAUACAUCAACACCAUUGUUAUACGUGUAAGGAUUUAUUUUUGUAAUAAAAUGACUUGUAAAUUCUA